GGGCUUUGGGGGUCAAAUGUAUAAUUUCACUAAAAUAAAAUUAGAGAGUAAAUUUUUUAAAUUUAUUUUUUUGAUGGGGAAAUAAAAUCGCAAAAACAUCAUCUGAUGUGAAUAAUUUCAGAUUUUUGGAAAUUGUUGGGGCUAAGUUGCUCGAAUUGGGCGUAACUCCCUCUGUGUAUCUAUGCUUCUGUAAAACCCUUCAUCCUUUUUCUUCAUUUUAGUGAGAAAAGGAGAGAGACUUUUAGAGAGAGAAAUAUAUUUAUACAUUAGAGAGAGAGAGAGAGAGAGAGAGAGAGAGAGAGAGAGAGAGAGAGAAGCAAAAUAGGAGGCAAAAUACGGUACGGUCACUAUUCUAGCCCAAACCGAGCUGUAUAGAGAGAGAAUCGGAACCCUAAGGACGCAAAUCUGUACAAUGAGGCAUGCUGGUAACUGCUGAAUGGAUUCAAGCGCCAGAGGUUUGAUUGCCUCAUCUGCUUGGGGGUUGAAACUUUGAUUGCAAUAAAACAAGUUGAGCAUUGUGUUUCUUUUAAAGGAAUCCAAUGGUGCUAAAAGUUUCAUCUCCAAAGGCUAGGGCUCUUUCACCUUCUGAUUGUGUCAGUGAUCCUGAAGAGAAAGAAAUCAGUGAUGAUGAUGAUGAUGAUCGUAAUCAUAAGCAUCGUAAGCGGGAGACACGGUCCCAAUCUAUGGAGAGAGAUGCUCUGGAACAAGUUCUAAUAAGGCCAUACAGAAAGAGAAACAAACCUUUUGAAAAUGGGCAUCCUUAUAGGGGGAACGAUUCUCAGUCAAGUGAAACCUGGAAAAGUUACAAUAUGGCCCCUCUGGAGAAAGACCUAUCUGUGAAGUUUGGAAAAAUACGCCCUGGUUUAGCAACGUUUUCCCGGGCUUCAAACUGGGUUAAUCAAUCAUUGUCUGCUGAGCUUGGUCUUAAUAGGGGUAGAGGAAGGGAAUCUGGUUCACGGGGCCAAUGUGAUCCUAGGUUCAGCUCUGUUGAUAUUGCUUCUCAAAUGGUUCCCCAGGUACCUGUUCCUCCAAGACUGUUUGCAGGGAGGGGGUUGUCAAAUGUUUCAAACUCACAGAGUGCUCCUUGGAGUGCAUUUGGAUUGAUUACUGGAGUUCCAAAUGGUGGUCUGGAUACACUCCAUUCCCUCGGUUUGCAAGGAACGCUUAGACCAUCAAUUAGUCCUUCACUAAAUAUUGGUAUUCCACGCCAACGAUGUAGAGAUUUUGAGGAGCGUGGCUUUUGCCUAAGAGGAGACGUGUGUCCGAUGGAGCAUGGUGUCAAUCGGAUUGUUGUUGAAGAUGUUCAGAGCCUUUCACAGUUUAAUCUCCCUGUUUCACUUCCAAGUGCACACCUGCUGGGAACGCCACCUAAUUUAGUGUCAGUUAGUGCUCCUUCGAGCAUGUUGAUAAAUAGCAAGAGUCUACAUGCUAAAAGUAGCAAGCCUGGAAUGGUUGAUGAUGGAUUGGGCAUGAAUGGUGUUUUCACUGGUUCAGCUUGUGCAGGUGGAGCUGAUUUUUAUGACCCUGAUCAGCCUCUGUGGACUAAUGAUUGUCCAGAAACUUCUACAGCAAUGCUAGGACUAAAUCCAUCUGAUGAAACUGAGUGUUUGUUGGACACUGACCCCUCUGAUUGUCACCAUGUCAGGUUAUUUGAGGGCACUGACAAUGAAUGUAAGGUGAGGGGCGCUGCAACUGCUUUUGGAUCUCAAAGUACAGGUUCAUCUGUGUGGGGAAGAAUUGGUACAAGUAAAUAUGAUCUGAAAGAGAAAUUUGAUUCUACCAUUAGUUCCUCAAAUUAUAUUGAAAACGAAGAAAAGGAAGAUCGGGAAUCAUUAGCCAAUCUGCAGCACGCUGCCUGCCCAGGGAAGCACAUCAUUGUGGAGGGCAUGGGCUCACAUGAUGUUGAUUCAUCACUGAAGACACAAGGUGAUACUGGGCGUAGUAUCCGGAAACCUUCUCAAAAGGCGCUGCGUACUGUAUUUGUUAAUGGCAUUCCCCAAAAAGACAACAAAAGAGAAACCCUUUUUUCACAUUUUAAAAAAUUUGGUGAGGUUAUUGACAUUUAUAUUCCAUUAAAUAGUGAACGAGCUUUUGUUCAGUUCUCUAAGAGGGAAGAGGCAGACUCUGCGCUGAAAGCACCUGAUGCUGUUAUGGGUAACAGGUUUAUUAAGCUAUGGUGGGCCAAUCGGGACAGCAUUCCUGAUGAUGGAAUGAGUAGUGGUGGCAAUAGUGCAUCAGUAACUCCUCGUGGAGCUGGAGCUGUUUUAGUUCCACCCUAUCUGUCUGUUGUUCACAGGGCAAAGGAUAAUCUCCAAUCUACAGCUCCAAAAAUGAGUGUCCCCUGUGCUUCUGUUGGUCCGGUGCCUACUUUUGAUCACCCUAAGCCUGUGGUGACAAACAGUCCCAAAGCUGCACCUCCUUUGCAAAAGAAGCCGGAUGGUUUAGAACUUUUGAAGGAGGAAAUCCGUAAAAAGCAGGAAUUGCUUGAUCAGAAACGCAAUGACUUCCGGCGCCAAUUGGAUAAACUCGAAAAACAAGCUACAGGUCUCAAAGGUGAAGUAGCAUCUGAGCAGGCUGCUAGGAGACAAAAAGCGGGAAUAGUGGCUGAUAUUGCAAAAGCUGCAACUCCCAGGUCCAGUGAUUCUGGUACUAUUGUGGCAUCACCACAAACCGAAGUGGUGGUUGAGAAGAACAAAUCUGUGGAGAAUGUUGUGCAACAAAGUUCCAAAUCAAAUACGGUUACGGCACUGCAGGAACCUGCAACCUUGAUGCAUUCAAUUCGUCCUUUGGCACCUGCAGGAGCACCUUUCAUCAUGAAUAGAUUCAAAUUGGAUAACCGCCCCACCACCUUUAAAAUUAUUCCACCCUUACCAACAGGCCUUGCAAAUGUUGCUGUUUUAAAGGAGCAUUUCUCGGCUUACGGUGAACUUUCUUCCGUAGAGCUAGAAGAUGUAGAGUCUAUUGAUGCAGUGGCAUCCAAAAAUUGCUCAGCUCUUAUAUCUUUUACAACACGUCGUUCAGCUGAGAGGGCGUUUGCCAGUGGCGAAUGCUGGCAAGGCCACAAUUUGCAGUUUAUGUGGCUGGCAUCUGGUAAUUCUAGCAUUGACAACGAUGCUAGAGACGACCCUCCAACUGCUUCUAUUGUGCCUCAAGAUGCUAACCCUCAGCCUGCUGGACAAGUCACACCCAUUGAUUCCCCAAAAGUGGCUACCUCGGGAAAUGGAGAAUCCAAAAAUUUGGAAAGAAAAGAUAGUAGUGGGGAAUGUACAGAGCGGGAUGAAGAUCUGAAGUCCAGUUCAUCUGCAAUGUCGUCUGACAAAUGAUCACCUAAAGGGAAUGUUUGUUGAGGAUGACCUUAUUGUCAGAUUGUACAGUGAGGUAAAUGUUUCAUAUAUACUAAAUUCUGGUUUCCAAUUUUCUUAUCUCAUGGUUGGGGUAUGUAAAGAGGGAAUUUUGUGAUUUUUAACUGCCAACACUGGAUAAUUGUUGGUUGGUUGUGAAUUCUGUUGUCUUUGAAUUUUGGAAUGCUUAGGUACAUCUACGGCUGAGGAUUAAAGUUGGAAAAUGCUAUAAAAAACAUUGAAAUGUUAAGCGAGACUGUAUCAUCUCCUC